CAGCGCUGUUCAAUCAAAUGUUGCGAUAAAAAUACUUGUAAAUUUACGCGAAACGCCAAAUGUGCUAGCGGGCUUUGUUGCAACCUUAAUACUUGUCAAUUAAAAAAAAAUUCACUUUGUCGAGAAGCUGCAGGCGAAUGCGAUGUUGAGGAGGUGUGUGACGGUGCAUCGAACCAUUGCCCAGUAGACAGGCACGUGAACAACACUACACCAUGCCAAGUUGGUGGUGGUGGUUUUUGCUUCGAUGGAGAAUGUAACAGUCACGACAAAGCCUGCCAAGCGUUAUACGGCAAUAAGUCGAUUUCAGCUCCCGAACAAUGUUACCAAAUGAAUAUGAAUGCUACCAAGUUUUAUAAUUGU